CCUCUGUUUACAUUAAUUUCCCAGAAUUCCCUUUUCACGUCCUUUCCGCCAUCUUUACCCUCACAGAGCAGGUGAACUCACCUGGAGAAGACUGACGAUGCCUGGAAGACUGUGGAGUAAGGCCAUCUUUACCGGCUACAAACGUGGUCUGAGGAACCAGCGUGAACACACGGCUCUCCUGAAGCUGGAGGGAUGUUACACCCGCGACGAGGUCGACUUCUACCUGGGAAAACGCUGCGCCUACGUCUACAAGGCCAAGAAGAACACGGUGACGCCCGGCGGUAAACCCAAUAAGACCCGGGUGAUCUGGGGGAAGGUGACUCGCGCUCACGGCAGCAGCGGGAUGGUGAGAGCCAAGUUCAGCAGCAACCUGCCGGCCAAAGCCAUCGGACACCGAAUCAGAGUGAUGCUGUAUCCGUCUCGAGUGUGAAGACGAAACGUCGCUCCGCAGCGUCCAUGUUGUUUGUAUAUAAACAAUAAAAUUGAUCAGGUCCAA